UGUAGAAUCUGAAGAACAUCUCGCCGCAUGAAGUCGACAGAAAGGACGAACAAGUGGCUCCCAGUGUGUCCCUGCUCUCCCACCAGCCGCACAUUUCAGCUCCGGCACCACUGACAGCAUCAGAGGAGGCGACGUGACUCCGGCAGGUUCCCAGGACCAUCCGAGACAGGGUGUUUCGUGUGUGCUUAUCAUCACCACUGCAUGUGACAGCCGGACGGCGGGUCUACGGUCACAUAGCUUCUUGGCUCCUUCAUCCAACAUUUACGCGCUUUUAAGGUCGGGAGGAGAAUGUUGACACAUGUUCUGGCACGUUUCUUUCAUUUUAUGACAUUAUAGCCUGCUGUACUCUGCCACUUGUUUUUGUUAAUUCACAUUUGGAGAUAAACCAAAGAUUUGACGCACAGAUGUUCUUCUUUAUUCGUGCGUAAAAGCCGCGCCGCCCGUGACGCGUUGUGCGUUUCGUCAAUGAGAGCUGGGUAAGUUUUCAGAAGCACUGAUGAGCUCUUGUCGGACGGAGACUUUGGCAUCUGAAGGAACCUGUUGGAUUAUAAAAAAUACAAUCUGUUACUUUUAAAGACCACAAGUCUUGAGAGUCCGCUGUCUCUGAUUCUGGUGCGUCUUCAGCUGGAUUUUUGCGCCUUUGUGAUCCUGCAGAUUCAAACCUUCCUGUGGGGAUUACAUGGUAGAAACAAUGUUUUUGUGCAACACGAGUGCCAUAAAGGACUGGAGCUAUUUUCUGUCGCAGAUACUGCCCCUGAUGAAUAAAACUACAGGCUUGGUAAACAUGGACAAAGCGGAAGAUGUGACGACCACCAUGGUGACGGCUCUGCAGCCGGACAGCGCCAUGAGCGCGAGUAAGCCGCCUCUCAACUCCAACCAUACCUCGGGCAUGGAGCACGUCUUUCAGUACUCUUAUUCGGAGAGUGACCUGCUGUACACGGACUACCGGACCCCUGCGCGAGACUCCAUCCCGCUGCCCAAAGCGGUUCUCUACCUGGUCAUGGCAGCGCUGGUGGUGGUGGCGGUGGCGUAUGCGAUAGUAGGACACCUGGUCAAAGAUGUGGUUAAUGACUUUGUCGGUGGAGGCAGGUCGAUGGUUGCUGAAGGUGACGGAGGUGAAACCAGUGAACCAGGGUGGGUGUUAGGCUCUCGUCGCAACAAGACGGAGAUAAACUGCAUCACCAACAACAUGAACGAGAUGAGCGAGCUGGGCGAGAGGCCCCGGCUGGUGGAAAUGAGCUACAUAUCCAUGAACCACACUAACUGCCUGAGCUCCAGCAGGCCGGAGGAGAUAGUGGUCACCAUAGAUGAGACGCUGCAGCAGCAGCGACCUCCGGACACUCACUCUGGGACUUAACUGCGACCUCCUGACCUUCCCUGAGAGAAAUAAAGCAGCGUAUUUGCUUGCAUUUCUUGUUCAAGUGGAUUUAAAAGUCUUUCAUGAAUCAAAGCUCUAUCCACUGUUUUAUCACCUGCAGGUGGGCUGUUAACACCUGUGCAAUGUUGGGCCAGAAGGGACUUUGAACUGUCGACCCGGGCUGGAACAUUGGAGGCUUCAGAUGCUGAUGUUUGUAUCAGAUUGGACUCCUUUCUGCAGAGAUGGCUUGAGAGGACGGCUGCAGUUUUAUUUUUUUGGACAGGCAGCUGAGAAAAAGGUGUUUUUUUUGUUAUUGUACUUCCCCCUUUUUCAAGUGACCCCCUUGUGAAAAUACCGCUCUGUUAAUGUAGACACUUGCAGUUCACUGUAACCACAAACAGUAUGUAACCACUCUAAAUACAUGAUACACGCCGGGCAGUGCUUAUUGUAAUAUUGCUGCUAGCAAGGUUAAACACAAAACAAUUACGUCAACAUUUUUUAUUAAUUGUGUGACACUUAAAGUUUUUUGUAAUUAUUGUAAAGUUUAUAUCAAGCAGCUCAACUGACACAGGGAGGCUCCAAAUGUUAACACCUGCUUCUUUCUUCUGUAAUAAUGCUGUAAUUACUGGUUGCAAAAAAAGUUCACUACACAGUGAUAAAAAGUAUUUUGUAGUAGUCAUGUUAUUAGCUUGAUGUGAACAAGUGCUAAGUCACCUUUAAGAGCUCUGGUUGCACCUGAUUGCAAAAAAUAUUAAAUAUAAAAGUUUCAAAGCCAUUGCUGUUAUGUUAAAAAAAACAGAGUCAAACAGAGUGACUGUCAUGCUUUAUGAUUUCUUGGUAUUCUUGGCAUCACCUUUGAAGCAAAAAGUGUUCAUGGCUUGUUCCUUUUUCUAAUGUUUAAUAUUUCGUGUGACAUGGCGUUUGUCAGAGCCUUUGUUUACCUGUAUUACCUCACUGUUAAGGGCUACGUACUGCUGCUGAUGAGUCUGGGACACCAUCUCAAAGCUUCAACCGACGGGGCUUAUUUUUCUGUGCAUGCUGGGAUGCAUGCAUUUUACUCUGCACACACACCUACUGUACACUGUGUUUUUGGGAAGAUAUCUACUGAAGUUACUGACGUUUUUGACUAUUUCAAUGUAUGAAUAAACAUUUUUUACACACUUGCACAUAUUUGGGGCAAACUAGAGUAAAGCGGGACUUGACUUCAGAUGGUAGGGUUCCGAUUUUAAGGGCAAUAUAAUAAAAAUGGUGUUGUAACUGUGCAGCAGUGAUCAUUUCCCAGACAUUAAAUGUAACGGUUCAAAAUCUGAACCUGCAAAAAAGCUCAUUUUUUUCCCACCGCCUUGAUGCCGUCAAUAACUGUAUUCUUUCAAGUCAUCUA